CCCAACCCCCCUCCUUACCCCACCUACCACAUGACUCUACACCACGCGGGCUACACAGACGCUCAGACUGUCAGCAGAGUAGAGAUGAGCAGGACUGAACUUCACGGCUAGGUCUCUAUCACCACACAGGAGUUCAACAAAAAACUGACAUUGAUGUUGGGACUUUCUUUACUUUAUCUACUUAAGUGAGUCCCAGAAGGCUGCAGGGGAGAGAGCAUCACAUGGUCAACAGGGGCAGUAGAAGACAAACCACCCCCAGGCCUAAAUCCAUCCGAAUCAGUGUCUCGCCUCCAGACUUUGGCCUCGAUCUCUUCCUAAAGCGGCCGUCUUUUUAACCGGGUCAUCCCAAACCACCAAAUUAAAGACCUGACAGUACAGGCUGCUGAAUCAAAAAGAAGCCGAGCUUCAGUUGAUCCAUCUGGAUACUGUGAGCACCUACCACACCCACCAGGAGUCUGCUAGCGGAACCUUACUGCACCUGACAGUCGGCUAGCGAUACGUCUGUCCACUGCAGCUCAUUUGUGUGUUUUCAUUCUGUUUUCCUCUGCCUGACACCCUGUCGUCUGUGAAGCCCUUCACUGUCCAUCCGUCGCCAUGGUGCUGUGUGAGGAGCGCGAGUGCAGCGUGUGCUACCGGCCGUACUCACGCGCAGGACGCAUCCCCCGCGUGCUCCACUGCCGCCACACCUUCUGCGGCCUGUGCCUGGAGGCCAUGGCCGUGCCCAAGAGCGGCCUGCUGACCGUGCGCUGCCCGCUCUGCCGGCAGAUGACCUGCGUGGGCGGCGGGAACAAGCUGCACGAGGCGCUGUGGGUCAACAGCCGCGUGUGGGACCAGAUACCGGACUUUGUCGUCGAGGAGGAGGAGGAGGAGGAUGAGGAGGCGGGGAGGCAGGUGGUGUUGGAAGCAGAGGAAGAUGCGGAAGACGGGAUCAGAGUAGAGGAGGAGGAGAGAGCAGAGGAAGCUUCUGCCCCAGCACAAUACCCCGUCUCAAAGCACUACCGGCCCCGCAUCAGGCUGCCCUCCUUCCUGAGGAAGAUCAGCUUUGUGCGGCAGCCCCAGGAGAGCAUCAUGCCUGGCUCCAAUGUUGAAAUGAAGUCAUGGCGGAGGCUCGCGACGGCUGAUAUGAUAUAAAGCUUGGAGAAGAGGGGACGUGACCAACGGCUCUCCCAGAUAGCGGAACUGUCAAUCACCACAAACUGUGUUGUGGCUGUUUUCCCAACAGUCAUCAAAAAAAAGACUGCCAGCCACCAGAUUAUCUGAGGGAUCGGAAACCAGUGCAAACACUGUACAAACAUUUAGAGUGGCUCAGACAGACUUCAACGUGUCUGCAAGACUUUGUGUGUGUGUGUGUCUGUGUAAGUGUGUUUGUUGUGGGUUUCUCUGUGAUGGGGAGAUGCAUCAUUGAAUACUGCUUGCACCCAUUAUCUGUGCAGGGGACUCUUUCAUUAGGUAUUCCACCCCUAAUCCACGACAGCUGCUGCAGUGGGAUUGAGAUCAGCUGUCCCAACAGACUGGGCGAAAGAACAGAGAGAGCUAGACAGACAGAGAGAUGGAGAGAGAGAGAGUGAUAUUUAGAUGUAGAAGAAAUGGGGGGGGUAAAGAGAGAGCGAGAGAGACGGUGUCCUGGACCCAGCGCUGGCUCUCCUUAACAGAUGGCCUCUAAGGAAACGGUCACCCCCAACCCCUUUAACCUCCUUUGGCUGGCAGGAUCAAACCCCAGGAGGCUGAACCU